AUUAUAUCCAAACCACUCCCAUUGACUCGUGGGCGUUGAUUUUUAAAAGCAACACCCACGCAUAGGGAGUGGCUGGUUACUGCAAAAAAUGUCGUUAGUGUAUUCUUGGGGAAGUGACAUUUAUGGACGCCUUGGGCACGGUACAGAAGACAAGAACAUCUCCUCUCCUACACAAAUAAAGUCUUUGCCUGCUAACAUAAGCCACGUAGAGACUGGAUCAGCGCACAACAUUGCAGUGGACGGGGAAGGAAGAGUAUACACUUGGGGAAAGUGCCAUUAUGGUCAGCUAGGGCAUGGAGAGAUGGAUGAAGAUGAACACUCACCUCGUAUAGUGGAGUCGCUAAAAGGAAUAGCAAUAUCGUGUGUGGUCGGGGGAGACUCACAUGUACUGGCAGUAACAAGGGAUCAGGGGAGGGUCUACUCCUGGGGCGUAGGGUAUUAUGGUACGCUGGGACAUGGGGACGAGUCCUCACUGGCCGUUCCUAAACUCAUUGAAGGUAUCCCAGAGAGUGUUAGAAUUAUAGGAGGAGGAGGAGGAGCAUAUCACAGUAUUGUAUUAGCCAGUGAUGGGUCAGUCUAUGUAUGGGGUAGGAAUCAGUAUGGACAGUUAGGACUACCUUCGGCUUCAGUGAGACUAACUACUCAGAAAGUACCUCUACUUAAUAAAUUUGAAGAGCUGGUCCAAAUGUUGAGUGCAUGCUUCAAUCACACUCUGUUCUUACUAGAAUCAGGUCGGGUUUUGUCAUUUGGAUACAAUGAACACGGUGAGCUUGGUCAUCCCUCUUCAUCAGGGCCACUAGUUGAUCCAGCCCACUUUAAUGAGAAAGUGACACAUGUGAAGGCUGGUUGGAAGCACUGUGCAGCCAUUACCAAAUCGCAAGACUUGUACGUGUGGGGACACGGUGCUUAUGGCAGACUUGGACUUGGGCACAGUCGUGACACUGAUACCCCUAGUCAAGUACGAGGGCUGGCCAAAUGGAUUGAUGUAUCGUGUGGUGAAUCACACACCAUUGCUCUUGACUCCACUGGCCAACUCUGGGGCUGGGGUAGUAACCAUUAUGGGAAGCUUGGACUCUCAAUGGACGAAGGCAGUUUUAUAGAUAGACCCAGAAUGCUCUCUUUUGCAUCACCGUCAGGUUUAACUGGUGUUGCAACAGGGACCAAUCAUACUCUGGCAUAUUCAAUUUUAUCAUAAAUUUAUUCAUAAUAAUAAACACGAUGGAAAACAAUUUUUUUGUUGCUCUAGUAGAAAUGAUAGAUUACAAUGAUUGGAGUGAUAUGCAUGUAUUGUUCGUUAUUGUCCAUUUAUUUUUAAUACACAGGAGUGUUAUGUCGUUUUCUUGAAGUUUUUCAAAA